UUUCUUGUAUAUGAUGAGGGGAGGAACAACACUGCAGGAAGUGUACAUGAGAACAGGGAGGGGACGACAAAACUGAAAGUGUUCAGGGUUCAGACUCCAUUUUGAGUGUUCAGAGUAGACGGAGAGACAGGAAGUCAGAGUCAGGUUUGAGUGUUUCCAGCAGAGAGAGAUGAUCAUGUGAUUUCUUGUAAAUGAUGACGGGAGGAACAACACUGCAGGGAGUGUACAGGAGAACCGAGAGGGGACGACAAAACUGAAAGUGUUCAGAGUUCAGACUCCAUUUUUCCAUUCAACAAUUUUUAUUGAUUUUACAUUCAUUUGUACAAUCAUUUGCAGCAUAUUUUGAAAGCGCCCCUUAUACAAUUUUGAACACAGCUUUGGUCUGGUUCUUAUUUCAUGUACUGCAGGACAGGAAACAGAGCUGACUGUGGAACAUUGGAUGCUUUCUCAGGUUGCCAACACUGCCUGACUUUAACAUAGAGCCACGAUGACAGCAGAGGACAUUUUGAACACUCUAGAGGAUUUAAAACAUGAGGAAUUCAAGAAGUUCAAAUGGUAUCUGAAGCAGCCCAACAUCCUGGAAGGCUACGAAACCAUCAAAGAAUCCAAGCUGGAGAAGGCAAAAAGGCGGGACACAGUGGACCUGAUGGUGAACACCUUUGACCUUGAUGGAGCUCUGAAGGUGACCAAGAAGGUUUUAGAAAAGAUAAACAGGAACGAUCUGGUGCAGAGCUUGCCAGACAGCAGCUCAGAUGAUGAAGAUGGUGAUGAAGAUGAUGAAGAUGAAGAUGAAAAUGAUGAUGACGACGACGACGAUGAUAAUGUUGAAGAUAAAGAUGACGAUGAUGAUAAUGUUGAAGAUAAAGAUGACGGUGAUGACGACGAUGAAGAUGACGACGACAACGAUGAAGAUGACAAUGACGACGAUGAAGAUGACGGUGAUGGCGACGAUGAAGAUGACGACGACGACGAUGAAGAUGACGAUGACGACGACGAUGACGACGACGAUGAUGAUGAUGAUCAUUGAUGGCGAUGAUGAUGUUGAAGAUGAAGAAGAAGAUGAUGUUGAAGAUGAUGUUGAAGAUGAUGGUGAUGGUGAUGGUGAUGAUGAUGAUGAUGAUGAUGAUGAUGAUUGUGAUGUGAUGAUGAAAAUGAUAGAUGAAGAUUAUGAUGAUGAUGAUGAUUAAGAUGAAGAUGAAGAGGAUGUUGAUGAAGAUGAUAAUGAUGACGAUGAAGAUAAAGAUAAUGAUGAAGAUGAUGAUGAAGAUAUUGAUGAUGAUGAUGAAGAUAAUAAUGAUGAUAAUGAUCAUGGCGAUGAAGAUAAAAAUGAUGAUGAUUAAUGAUGAAGAUGAUGAUGAUGAUAAUAAUGAUGAUGAUGUUGAAGAUGGUGAUGAUGAAAAUAAUGACGAUAAUGACAAUAAUGAUGAAGAUGAUGAUGAUGAUGAUGGUUUUAUUCCGUCUCUCGAUGUUCAAUUUUUUUGGGUUUGUUGUUUGUUUUAUAUAUUUUGAUGUAUUUUAUGUUGAAGUCUGUUUAUUUUCAGUGUUGCUGCUUUUUUCCUCUUUGGAACAAUAAAGUUAACAUCAUGGUUGAAAUGAUCAGUAAUUUAAAAUGAGCUUUAAACAGAGCUGUGAUCUCUACAUGCACUUACAGCUUAAGCUUAAGCUUAAAUAAAGAGGAAAAAGCUAAAGUGUAAA